CCCAGAUAUUCAAACCGUCAAAAGCAGCUACACAGAGGUGGAUAGAUACAGAAACAGGGAUGGUGGAGGCCAGCAGGAAUUGCUCCAGCCUCUGUCGGCGUGUGCUGAAAGCUCUCUUGUUGUGCACUGGGGACAUGGAGCAUUUGGUCAAGUAUAUGCAGGACAAGUUUAUUGUACUGCAGCUGGUGGUGUGGUGUCUGAGAGGAGUGACCAGGGUGACUCUGGCCAACAACCCACUGAGUGGUGCGUUUAUCUUGGCUGCAUUGUUCUGGGCCUCCCCCUGGCAGGGCCUGCUGGGAACUGUGGGUGUACUGGUCUCUACUCUAACAGCUGUUAUCCUCGGGCAAGACAGUACUGAGAUAUCUGGAGGUCUCCAUGGUUUUAAUGGUAUGUUGGUGUCACUGUUGAUGGGAGUGUUAAGCUCUGCUCAAGACUGGUACUGGUGGCUGCUGCUGCCUGUUUGCUUUGGGUCAGCGACAUGUGUCUUUCUGUACAGUGGUCUUUCUCCAGUGUUGGACCGCUGGGACUUGCCUGCUUCCGUGUUUCCUUUCAACAUUGUUAUUGUCCUGUACCUCCUUUGCACUGGAUCAGAUAACCCCUAUUUCCCACACCACCCAGCUAUGCCUCCAGGGGUGCUGGAUCCCAAUGGCACCAAUCUGAUUACUAUAGAGUUAGUGCGUAGCAUACCUCUUGGUGUGGGCCAGAUCUUUGCCUGUGCAGCUGUUGGGCCCUCCCUCCUUAUCCUAGGAGCCAUACUACUCUACUCCCCCCUGCUGGCCUUCCAUGCUUUGCUGGGAUCAGCAGUUGGAAUGCUGGCUGGUUUAUCCAUGGCAGUGCAUCAUGAUUCUCUGUACUCAGGUCUGUCGGGGUUUAACGGUGCUCUGGGCUGCAUGGCUGUUGGUGGACUAUUCUUCACCUUCAGCUGGAGGACUCACCUCUUUGCCAUCGCCAGCGCUUUCCUCUCUGCUUAUGUUGAUAUCGCUCUGAGUAAUCUGCUGGGAACUGUUGGUCUUCCAGCGUGCAGCUGGGCAGCUACUCUGAUGGUCACGCUGAUGUUGCUGCUGACUGGCAGUUUAGCAGCUUACCGCAUCCCUAUUGGUCAAGUCAUGGCACCUGAACACAACUGGCACUUCCGAAGCCAAUGGGAGGCUCGGAGCACUGCAGAAAGGGAGAUGACUGAUGUGUUGUGAGCGGCUGUAGCUCAGUGGGUAGAGUCGGUCAUCUAUCAAUCGGAGGGUUGGCGGUUCAAAUCACAGCUCCUUGGGCAAGACAGUGAACCCCAAAUUGCUCCUGGUGACAUGAUUGACAGUUUGUGAAUGUGUACAGAUGAAAUUAGGUAAUACUAAUGUUCCCUGUGUUACUAUUGCAGUUUCUGCCAUCAGUGUGUGAAUGGGUGAAUGUGACAGGUAGUGUUAAAAGCCCUUUGAGUGGUCAGAAAGAUCAGAAAAGCGCUAUAUAAGUUCAUUUACUUGAGGUCACAUAAACAAAUACUACUGUAUCAGAAUUUUUAUUUUGUCUGGGCUAAAAACAAUGUUUACACUGUAUGUUUCUAAUAUGAAUUUUAGAACACUUAUAUCAUUUUAGAAUAGUUUCUUAAAUACACACCAUAGAUUUGUAUUCUCCUCGAUCUCUCUUUCCAACCCAGACUCAGUCGAGGCAGAUGGCUGUCUAACAUGAAUCUGGUUCUGCUCGAGGUUUC